GCAAAAGUAGCUCUCUGUAUUAUCUUAUUCCAAAGGUUCAUACUCAUUUGUAAGGAAAGAGAUGGAAGCAAUAUCUAUUGGAUCUGAUCCUCGUUUUUAUUUUCAAGUGGGAAAGAUAAAAAUCAAUGAGGGAAUGAAGAGUUUGCAAGAUUUAGUUUAUUGGUGUAAGGACAACUUGAGCUCUGAAAAUGAUGGAAUCCUUCAUGAAGCUAUGACCUACUUUCAAUCUCUUCAACGACAAAUACAAUUUCUUUAAUUAAAUAUGUGAAGGAAAUUGAAUUUGAAGCACAACAGGGAAGAGCGUCUGGAUCUUUCAAUCUACAACGUGGGCAGGAAAUCACUUAAGUAAGAGAACAAAAUGUCAACUUUGAACCGACUCUAAAUCAAGAGAUUGAUAUAGUGAUGAGUAAAAAAGAGAACAAAUCAUCAUAUUCUAAGCGAAAAAUGCGGUCAGAUGUUUGGGACCACUUCACAAAGUAUGAAAAUAAAGAUAAGAAGAGCAGAGCUCUAUGUCAACAUUGUAAGAAAGAUUUUGAUGGAUCAAGCAAGAGUGGAACAACACAUCUCAGAAAUCAUAUAAGAAGUUGUUUGAAAAAUCCAAAUAAAGUAAUUGAUAAAGCGAAAGAGAUUGUUGUGGUUGAUCAAGAACUGAAUGAUUCUAAUUUAGUACAAAACAUGAUUACGCAUGGGUUGAACGGUAUAAAAGAUGAUAUACUUGAGGUUUAUAAACAAAAGAAAAAUAAGUUGUAUAGAUAUUUAGAAGAACUUCCACGUCAUUUUAAUAUAUCAAUUGGAAGGUUGCUGCUUGAUGAUCCUGUUUGGUAUGUGAUGAUUUGGUUUAUUGAUAAUAAUUGGAAAUUGAAAAAUUGGAUUAUUCAUUUAAAAGAGGAUGACUUUGCUAUUAGCAGACGCAUUAAUGAACAUUUCCUGAUGUGGUUGCUUCAAGAUUGGAACAUAGACAAAAGAAUUUUGUCUAUAUUUGAUCCACGUGGUGGUCUGUUAGAUGAUUCGAAGCUUCAACUUACCUCUUUGCUCAAUGAAAGAGCUUCACACCGUUUCAUGGGGACUUUUGAUGGAUAUUUUUUCUCAAGGGAUUAUUUUUUUGACGCAGGAAGUGUGUUGUGGGAAAGUGAUAUUAUGGUCAAAGUGGGGAAACUUAGAGAUUACUGCAUGACAUCAUCAAGCAAAUAUAAGUUUGAAUUUGUGGUAAAGAAAGCUGAGUCCAUGGGUAAAAAGGUAACUUUAGAAAUUUUUGCCUUGGGUGUUCCUUAUAAAUUCAGUCCGCUUGAUUGGGCAAUGAGAAAUAAAGAAGUAUUUUGUGAAUUGGAACAUAUAGAUCCUGAUUUCAAAUCUAUCAAUUUUGAUUGGGAGGAUGCAGCUUUCCUGCACAACAUUUGCACACUGUUAAUGGAUCUGGAAAAUCAUUUUUGGAAAAUGAGAUUUUCUGAAUUUAAAUUGGCAAAUGAGUGUUUCCCUUUAGUUUAUCAAUCAUUUUUAAAAAUGCGACAAUUAAAGAAUACUGAAUAUCAGUACUUCUGCCUUGUUGCAUUACUUUGGAGAGAAAUUUUUGAUAAACUUUGCAACAACUUAAAGUUGGUAUUAGUAAUCACAGUGAUUCUGGAUCCAAGAUUUAAACAGGAUGAUGUACAACAUUUCUACAAAGAAAUUUAUGAUGAUGAGGCAGACUUGCACUUCAAUCAAAUCAUGGGUGAUGUUACAAAUAUUUACAAUGAAUAUGCAAAGGAUGUCAACAAUUCUCCACAGCAUUCAGAUGAGGUUGCUUCUUCAAAAUCAGAAUUCCGCCGUUAUUUGACGGAUUCCAAGGUUCCUCCAUGUGAAGAGUUUGAUAUACUGGAGUGGUGGCGUCUUAAUUCUUCAACUUAUCCAACACUGGCUAUGAUGGCUUGUGAUUUCUUAUCCAUUUCUUUUGUUUAUGCUGACGGUGAUGGUAUUGAUAUUACUAAUCGUUUGGGGGAUAAAGUUUUUAAUAUUUUUAGCUUUCAUUGUUUGGAUGCUGACUUGAAAUAUGCUAUUGCAUGUACAAAAGCUUGGUUGACUGAGUUUGAAAGUCUGUAAUGAAGUUGUCUAAAUAAAAAUAUAUUAGUAGUGUUAUACGUAUA